AUGCCACGGAUGCAACGGAAUAAAUGGCGAUCAGGAUGGUGUAGUAUCAGCCCAGGUGUGAUUUAUCUUUGGCCUCUCGACAAGCAGAUCAAUUCGGACAAUCGCGUUACAGCACCGCUUGACGCGGAAACAAGAGUCUCAGAUAGCGCUGUUGAAGGUGAUCGCUUCGUUUGGGAUGUACAGUUCGGUAAACGGGUCCUAGAAUUUGCACAUUUCGACCCGCUCAUCAGCAGAGCUUUUGUAACUGAUAUACGCCUAGCCAUUGAAAGACCAACUCGAAUAGCUCUGCAAGAUUUUGACCAGAAGAGAUCUCUUCGACAUGAUGGCAGACGAUAUGAUCGAGAAAUUUCUGAACGACAACAGCUGGAAACUGAAAAACGAAGAUUGGAAUUCGAAUUGGAGCAGGAACGACUAGCUCUGAAGGAUGAGGAGAUUGUACGAGGGCUAGCGACAAGGAUGUUGGAGGAGGAAAAAGUGAAGAGCGAACAUAUGGAACGAGUUUUGGCCGAGCUACAACAUAAACUCGGACAACGAUUGGAUACGUUACUUGAGGGUGACAUCCCCGAAGUGGAGCAGCGACGAGAAGUUGAAUAUGAAGAAUCUGCAGCUAUGGUGGAAAAUGGAAAUGGAGAGAAUGGCGGCAGCUCUAAUGACCAAGAAGAAGAGGAUGAGGAAAUCUGGAAAAAGGAUGAUUUCCUGAUGAUUUCCACACAAUCCAUUUGA